UUGUGUAUAAAAGGUGGGAUGACAAGCAUCCUCGCGGGGCCUUUUCAAAGAGAGAAGAGUUGGAGUUGUUCCGCAGCCUCUCGGCAAGCAGAAUGGUGAAGACCAGGAAGAUCUUCGUCAGCGUCCUGCUCUUUGUCGUGUCUGUGGGAAUCUGCUUGGCUCAACACUGGUCCUUUGGCCUGCAACCAGGAGGGAAACGGAACGCUGAAAACCUGGUGGAAUCCUUUCAAGAGAUUGCAAAUGAAAUGGAAAAAUUAGGGGAAAUGCCGAAGACUGAAUGCCCAGGGUCCUAUCAGCACUCCAAGCUCGGUGAUCUGAAGGAAGCCGUGGAAAGCCUGAUCGAAGGAGAAGCAAGACGAAGGAAGAUUUAAAUGGACAAUGGACCCAGAAGAACAUUUCAAAGCUGUGUUAAAACCAAUUCUUCUUUAAACUGUCUCCAUUGCAUUAUGUGAAUAAACAGUCUGAA